GGCGUCCAAGUUGAGCUUGCUGGCGAACCGGAACACGUCGCCUUCAGUGUUGCUGACAGCAAGGCGGACAAGCUCUGCAUCUCGGGUGUUUGGAAAGGCGAUUUUCACCCGCUCAACACUGUGGAUGAAGUUCUUCAAGGACAGGCUGCCAUCUGCUUUGUAGAUGCCAAUCAACUGGUAGACAUGAGCUCGAAUGGCGAUGGACUGUGGGUCUUCUGGUUGGAUAUCUCUGUUGACCAACUCGGACGAGGUGAGAGGUUCCAUGGUCAAAUUGGCGUGGUUUACUUUAUCAAAAAUGAUAUUAUGAAUGAAAGUGGAAUUUGUUAUACCGACUCAGAGUACAACAAUGGACCCACAAUGGCGUUUAUACGUAAUGUAAAAAAAGGCUGCCCAAACCCAACCGACGAGACAUUCAUUGCGAAUGGGUUGAUAAAUGAUUGCAACUUGGUGAGCGCCAAUGGUUGCGGAAAUUGGAUGACAGAUCAUUAUGAGCUAAAAACCAAUUUGGUUGAUGGAGACUGGUUUGAUGAAUUUGAGCCCGUGCUUGACCAUCGUUGGAACUCGUUCAAAGAAAUUGUUACCUGUGGGGGUGGCGAUUUCACAAAUUGGACCAGAAUGAGGACUAAUAAUAGCCAAGGAAGGUUUCAUUACUCAGUUUUGGCUGAUCACAGUGCCAUUAUAUCACUGACAAAACACGAAAACUCGCAAAAUCAACCAGGGUUUCAAAUAGUCCUGGAUGGAUGGAGAAAUCAACUCAAGUCUUGCAUUCGCUACUGUACAGAUCUAUUAAACAGCUUAACUUGCACUGUACUUGCGGAAAAGGUAAAUGAAAAUAUAUUCAACGGAGGUAACGCUUGGGCUACUGUUACGGUUGAAUAUGAAAUGGACCCGCUCAAUUCGCCAACAACUUUAAAAAAACUUUCUGUCUCAGUGAUGAACAAAAACUGGAAGCUUGAAUGUUCUGGGAAUAACUCACAUGAAAUAUUCAAUUUUGUUGCCUUCAAGACACAUGAAGAUGUGGGAUACUUCAGGAUUCAUAAGUAUAAUUACAUUGAAAAAGGACAAAAUCAAACCACGUUAACUUCAGAAAUCAAACAAGAACAGACCGCAGCCGCAAUAAGUUUGAGUUAUUAUCUAAAAAACAAAAUAAGAGACACUGUUUCUGUGCAUACUUCGACUGAUCGCAAUCCAUGGCAAUCAACAAAGCUCCCAACUAACGCAGAUGGAAAGUGGCAAACAGCAACAAUUUUGCUCGUGAAUCAGACAAAUAAAAUAGCGCGUCUAUCUUUUGGACUCUACGAGUUUGAAAAAGUUUGCAUAGGUCACAUAUCUUUGCUAAGCAGCGAAACUUUUGGGCAUGGCUUCAUGAUAUCGUCACGAGUAAAAAAUUUGCUUUCCUGUUCGAAUCUAGAUCAAAUUAACACAAUAUUAACAAACAAAACAUCGGAAUUAAAAAUUGAAAAACUUGUCUUGAAGUCUGGAAAAGAUAGAGAAACUAUUUGCCAAAAGUUGGGAAGCGAUAAUUGCAGCAACAUCGAGGCGUGCGACACAACUGGCUGCUUCUGCAUUUCUGGAUUCAAAAGAAAAAACGGAAAAUGCAUUGAAAAAUGCAGAGGCAAAGAGUAUGGACCAAACUGCGACCUCCUAUCUGAAGUAAAUUGCCCUAGAGACCAUUUAAAUGUUUACACGGGAAAGUGUGGUUUGUGUGAACAACACGGUUUUCAUCCACCAGAUUGUGCAAAUCCCUGCCGGGAUCGCUCCUAUGGCCCAGACUGCGCCUUUCAACUACCUCAGAAGAGAAGUUGCAAGGGAGAUUAUAAUAAAACAACCGGCUUGUGCUUAUUUGGAUGCGAAUUCAGAGGCCAAAAACCCCCUUUUUGUGAUCGAGAUUGCGAUGAUGGAAAAUUUGGUGCAAAUUGCACCCAAGACCAGCCAUUUGGUAAAUGCAAGGGUAGUGGAUCUUAUGGAAAUUACAACAAGGAUAAUGGGAAUUGCAUAGAAGGCUGUGCUCAAGCAUUUCAACCCCCAAAGUGCUCAAAAGAAUGUGAUAACGGAGCUUACGGAAUCAAUUGUGAAGAAAGACGUCAAAAAGGUUGCUCAGGCCCUGGCGAUUACGGUGAAUACAAUAAAACUACAGGGCAGUGCUUGAAAGGCUGCAAAUUUAUUGGAAAACAGCCACCUUUUUGUAAUUCAGAAUGCAAUGACGGAAAAUUCGGGGAAAAUUGCAAGCAAGAACAGCCAAGUGGUAAAUGCAGGGGCGACGGUCCUUUUGGAAAUUACAAUAAAACAAAUGGAUAUUGCAUAGAAGGAUGUUCAAAAGCAGGAUUAAAAACCCCACAGUGCAUAGACGAAUGUGAAUAUGGAGAUUUUGGAUCCAAUUGUGAAGAAAAACGCAUAAAAAAUUCAUGCUCAGGCUCUGGUGAAUACGGAGAAUACAACAGAGUUACAGGGGAAUGCAUCAACGGUUGCAAAUAUCAUGGCAAACAACCACCAAAUUGCCAUACAUCCUGCACUAAUGGAACAUUUGGACCAAACUGCAGCAAACAACUUGUUAAAUCAGGCAAAUGCUCGGGUCAAGGAAAAUAUGGCGAUUAUGACAGCGCCACAGGCAACUGCAAGUGGGAUUGUGCAAGAGUAGGCUUUGAAUUCCCUUUGUGCGAGCAAGAAUGCAGAAACGGAAAAUACGGACAAAAUUGUAACUUUCAACUCAAACAAAAUGUUUGCGCAGGCCAAGACCCUUAUGGUGAUUACUCAAAAUCUAAUGGUGACUGCAAGAGUUGCAAAUUCAAGGGCAAAAAACCUUCAAAAUGUGAACAUGACUGUGACGAGGGAUAUUUUGGUGAGGACUGCAAACAAAAGCUAAGUGAAAAAUGCUCAGGCAACUACCAUCGCGAUACAGGAAAUUGCAAAAAAAGCUGCGCUAAAUCCGGACUCAAAUUUCCAGAGUGUGAAAAACCUUGUGACCAAGGGAGGUAUGGAUUAAAUUGUUCUGGGGUUAUGAAAACUGGUAAAUGUGCUGGUCCGAUGCCAUUUGGUGCUUAUAAUAAGGAAACGGGCAAUUGUACUCAAGGCUGCGCUAAACCUGGCUUUUAUCCACCUGCUUGUGUUUCUCAUUGCAUAAAUGGAUCUUUUGGAUUAAACUGCAGCAAAAAAUUGGGAGAGAGAAAAUGCGUUGGUAAUUUUAAAUUUGGAAACUACAAUCCUUAUACGGGUGUAUGCAAUGGGGAUUGUUUGUAUCAUGGAGUUGAGCACCCUGAAUGUGAGAAAGACUGUCAAAACGGGUCUUAUGGAAAACACUGUUUAUCUAAACUCUCACCUAAUUCAUGUGCAGAACAGAGCGUAGGGAAUUACGAUAAGAAAACUGGUGAUUGCAAAAAAUGCGCUCGAUCAGGAUUUAAAUUGCCAAAAUGCACCGACUCAUGCGAGGAAGGAAAAUUCGGACAAGAUUGCCAGAGAACUUUAACCAAAUUAAAAAAAUGCUCUGGUGGAGGAAAUUUUGGAAACUACAGUCGUGACUCAGGGAAUUGUUCAGUUUCUUGUAAGGAUCCAGGGUUCGAAUUUCCAUGGUGUGAAAAAGAAUGUGAAAAUGGAACUUAUGGACAUAACUGUAACAAAACUUUAAGCAAGGUAAAAAAAUGCUCCGGUCAUGGAAAAUUUGGAAAUUACAUUCGUGAAUCGGGGAACUGCAGCAUUUCCUGCAAUGAGCCCGGUUUUGAAUUUCCUUGGUGUGAAAAAGAAUGUGAAGAGGGUAAAUUUGGACAGGAUUGUAGACAAAAUUUAACCAAAUUGAAAAAAUGCUCUGGUGCUGGUAAUUUCGGAAAUUACAGCCGCGAUUCUGGCAAUUGUAAUUUCUCCUGCAAAGAACCAGGAUUCCAAUAUCCAUGGUGUGAAAACGAAUGUGAAGAAGGAACAUUUGGACAACAUUGCCAACAAAAAUUAAAAGAAGGUAAAUGCUCAGGCGAUGGAAAGUUUGGAAACUACAGUCGUGACUCGGGGAAUUGUUCAGUUUCCUGCCAAGAGCCAGGGCUUGAAUUUCCUUGGUGUGAAAAAGAAUGUGAUGGAGGAAAGUUUGGGAACCACUGCGAGGAGCAACUAAAUGAAAAGAAGUGCUCAGGUGGUGGAAAAUAUGGUAAUUACUCAAAGGUAAAUGGACAAUGCAGGGAAACGUGCGAAAAGCCGGGAUUGCAGUUUCCAGACUGUGAGGAAGAAUGCCGAGAUGGAAAAUUUGGCAUUAACUGUAAUGAGGGACCAGGUGAGGUCCAAGGUCGUUGUUCUGGGGAAGGUGAAUUCGGAGGAUAUGACAAAGCAACUGGUCAUUGCAAACAGGGCUGCAGGUUUAUUGGAAUGCAACCGCCGAUGUGCACCUCUGAAUGCGAGAAAGGACAAUAUGGGAUGAACUGCACAGAAAAAUUGGACCCAUCGAAUUGCGUGGAUGAACUUUAUAAUGUAACAAGCGCGCAUUGCUUAAGGGGGUGCGCACGCGAGGGUUUCAUUACUCCAUAUUGUGACAAAGAGGAAUCAAAUGCAUUGCUUUAUGGAAUCACCUGUACUAUCCUCCUUUUGUCUCUGGUAAUUAUAGUUUUCUACGUGAUCAUUAUCCGCAACCGACGAGGCAAGUGCUGGCUUAGAAAAGGCAGUUCUCGUUUGGAUGAAACGUUAGAGAAUGUCGCUGACGAAUUUGCUAUGGAACCGCUAGCCGUAGCCCCCCUCAUCCCCCCUCGCGCAGACGUGCAGUCAAGUGUGAUUUUUGUCGCCGGCUUUAGCGAGUUUUUGGAACAAGCGUGCAAAUCUGAUUUGCUAAAGCAACAGCAUAAUAAAUUUCCUCGUGGACAAAUGAAACCCUGGGAAGUUGGAAAAUCGAGAGAGAAUAAAUCAAAAAACCGAUACGGCAACCUGGCUGCCUACGACGAAACUCGAGUGAAAUUAACUUUUCAAACCGGAUCUGAUCAAGGCGAUUAUAUCAAUGCAAACUUUAUUGAUGGCUACAAAAAGGAUAAGGCUUACAUUGCCACGCAAGGUCCAAAGCCAAACACCUUGGUGGAUUUUUGGCGAAUGGUGUGGCAGGAACAGGUUUCUCUGAUCGUCAUGGUCGCCAACUUGGUUGAAACUGGAAAAACGAAAUGCGAAAAGUACUGGCCUGACGAACGACAAGUUGUUUGCGUCGAGGGUCUGCAGGUUCUGAGCAUUAAGGAGGAACUUACCCCUGAUUACAUUGUGCGCACUUUGCAAAUCAUGAAUAAAGAUCAGAACCGGCAGGUUGUGCAAAUGCACUACACUCAAUGGCCUGACCACGGAGUGCCAAUGUACGCUCAGUCGCUUGCCAGUUUUUGCGAAAAAAUUCUCGAAAUACAAACUGAAACGCCGAUUGUUGUUCACUGCAGCGCUGGCGUUGGACGAACUGGGACAAUUAUUUUGAUUGACAUGUGCUUGAAAAUGGCGCGGGCGGAAGGUUCUUUUAAUGCCUUUGAAGCUUUGGGCAAUAUUCGUUCUCAGAGGGCUAAUAUGGUCGACAACGAGGUGCAAUAUAACUUUGCCCACUUGGUUCUGUACGAGGUGAUCUGUGUGCCAAAGUACGUCAUUUCUUGCAACCACAUUACCAGCGAGAUAAAAAGUUUGAUGGCAAACAACAAGAGGCUGUUGAAUUUGCGUCGGGCCGAGAUUGACAAGAUUUGUCAAACCGAGUGGCAACGUCUGAAAAACGCCGACGUGGUUUUGCUGGACAGGUGCAAAUUUCCGCAUUUCAUCGGAGCAUCAAGUCGGUACGUGAAAAUAUUUCCGGAUCCGAAUUCCAGCAACAGUUCAACUUUCAUCAAUGCCGUUUUCGUCGACGGAUUCAAAAAGAAAAACAAAUUUAUCUGCACACACACGCCGAUGGACAGAACGGUGGGCGAUUUUUGGCGAAUGAUUGAUCAGUACAAAGUGGAGCACGUCAUCGUUCUAAACCAACUGGAACAGGGCGAGGACAAUUUCCUGCCUUUAGUCGAAGGACGUCAACUGUCCGUGGGCGAUUUCCACGUAAAACUCAAACAAACAUACCAGUUGAAAAGCUGCACAAUUCUGGAACUUGAACGCUCAUCAGGAGGCCCUUGUGUAAAAGUGGUUUGCUUUUCUGGCUGGCCUGCUGAAAAUCCAAUGAUUGCGGAAAUCGAGUCGCUGAUCGAGCUUUGGGAGCAGACGGAAAUCGCCAGUUUGGAAAAGUCUAGUGUUUUGGUUUGCCACGACGGAGUUACUGCGUGUGGCUUUUUCGCGGCGUUGGGUUUCAUCCUGGAGAAAAUGAAACUAGAGCAAAAAAUUGACGUGCCCAUGGCCAUUCGGUGCACCAGAAUCACUCGACCUGGAUUCAUCACAGGAACUGAACAAAUCGAGAUGCUGUACAAAGGAGCGUUUAAAUAUCUGGAAAAUUUUGACACUUACGGGAACUUCAAAUGAAGAAUUAGUUCUUCGUGAAUAUCACUUUUAAUUUAUGUUAAGCAAAAAUUGUAUCCUUUCUAGUUUAAGUUUGUUUUAAAUAAUAAUUGUCUAAUAUCUAGGAUUUAUUCUUAAAUAAUAGAGUUACUUAAAGGGCUCAAAGUUGUAUUAAUUUUUAUACAUUUUGUAAAACUCAAUGUCUUAAAAAAAAGUGAAUAGGGGUCAUUAGAGUUGUUAUAUGAAAAAAAAGUUACUCAUAGGAUUCAUUCACGCUUAAAAAAUGCUUCAUAAGUUGCAAAUUUGUUAUUUACGAUUUUAUUUAAAAUGAUUUUUUUUUUAUGUAAAUCUAAAAUAACAAAAAAAAAAAUAUGUUCAAAAAUCAGUUUAACGCCAAUUGUUACUUAACAUUUAUUAAUCGCAGGUAUGUGUUGAGAACUUACAAUAUAUUUGGUUAUCAUAAUAAUUAUGUUUUAAUAUUUGCUGGUUUUUGUU